AUGCAUUCGUUCAUUACUACUUUAUCUGGCUUUCUUGUGAUCUAUGCAGUAGUGGUAACAACGGUCUAUUGUGUUGAAAUCAAAGGUACGGGUUUAACAAAAAAAGAAAUAAUUGCGUUAACACGUGAUCAUUUUGGACGACCUGAUCCAGAUGGUUUAUUAAACGGUUUUUUUCCUGUUUGGGCUGUUAUCCAAUUUUGUCUUUCGGGUUUCUUUCUUGUUAUUGCUUUAAUUAGUGGUGUAUGCUAUUUAUUGGGUUUCAGAACACCACCAGAAGAAAGACAAGUCAAGUGA